AACAACCAUAUUUCCCUUCGAUCCACCUUUCAACGCACCACACACUCACAACACUUCCUUCCUUCUUAAAUUACUAUGACUUCCUCUUAAAGUAAUAUAACCCGCGCGCGAUUCAUAAAGCGCUUUUCCGAAACUUCCAAUUUACCAAUUUCUUCUUCUUCCCAAGGUUUCCUCUCUUUUUUCAUUUAAUAUUUUUUUCCACCUUCUUUUCGCUUUUCAAUUUCAAUUAUUAUGCAAACGCGCGUUUUCUUUCUCUAGCUCAGCGAUGUCUACACGGACCACCCCCGCAACAGAAGUACCGGAGUCCCACGCGCCUCUACUCCGUCCACGCCAUGAAGGCGGGCGCGGUCCCACCCUCGCGCUGCUACUUGGACGCGCCACCGGACGCAGAGGACCGUCGGUGCUUGUACGAGAAACGGCGGCGCGUGAACUCGAAGAGCGUCGUGCUGACUGGGGAUACUCAAAGCCGGUGGUGGCGCUCGACAUGUCGUGGAACAUGGCCUUCGUUAUAGUCUCGGCGGCGAUACUGUUAUGCACCGUUGACGAGCGUCCGAACACGCCGAUCAGGGUUUGGAUCAUCGGCUACGCGCUGCAGUGUUUCGUUCACGUUGUUCUGGUGUGGCUCGAGUACCACCGCCGUAGCCGGAGGGAUUCACGGCGGCGACAGAGAGCUAGUGACGCUGAAACUAGCUCCGACGGAAACGAUAGCGACGACGGCGAUGAGAACUCGUCUCAGUCCAGAUUCACAAAGCGAUGCGAAUCAAUAAAUACUGGCGUUUCAUUCUUUUGGUGGAUGGUGGGCUUUUACUGGGUUGUCUCUGGUGGUGACAUCCUUCUGCAAGGUGCUCCACGCUUGUACUGGUUGGCCGUUGUCUUCCUGGCAUUUGAUGUCUUCUUUGCCAUCUUCUGUGUUGUUUUGGCAUGCUUGAUUGGCAUUGCUCUCUGUUGUUGUUUGCCCUGCAUCAUUGCUAUUCUCUAUGCAGUUGCAGGACAGGAAGGUGCUUCAGAAGCAGAUCUUAGUAUACUUCCAAAAUACAGAUUUCAAAUAGUAAGCAAUGAGGAAAAGGCUAGUGGUGGAGCUGGAUCAAUGGUUCCCAUAGAAACCACCAGUGGAUACUUGGCCAAUGAACGAAUGCUUUUACCUGAGGAUGCGGAAUGCUGUAUAUGCCUUUGUCCAUAUGAGGAUGGAACAGAGCUCCAUACUCUUCCUUGCAACCAUCAUUUCCAUUCUUCUUGCAUAGUAAAAUGGCUAAAGAUGAAUGCAACUUGUCCACUUUGUAAGUACAAUAUUCUCAAGGGAAACGAACAGGUAUAACACACUACUCGGUGUUUUCAAUGCUGUUGUGUAUAUGUAGAUUUUAAAGACAAGAAAUCGAACUUGCUCGGUUUUGAUCGUUGUUUUGCUUAUGUAUUUAUGUAGAGAAGAUUUAGAGCAUUUAUUCAUGAAUAAGUAAGUGAUGUUGCCAAUUGAGUAAGUAUUAUUCUGUCCAUUGUUAUAGUCAUUUGAAAGCUGUCCAAUUUAUGGAUCGCAGUAGUUUCUGUAAAAUCUGUUGUGUUUUAAAAAGCCACAUAAAACAUUGAAAAGAUGUAGGUUACCUGAUUAUGUUACCAUAUAGAACGCUUCCUACGGAUUUUUAUGUAUCUCA